AUAGGUGCUGGAAAAUCGACCUAUCCGGCAAUGUAAAUAAUAUUUUGCAGAGUACGCAUAGAACUUUGCAUGUUUUGACAAUUUUCGUUUGGGAUUUUUGCUUUUUUCCCGUUUUUAAGUGUUUUAUUCUUGUCAUAUUGAAACACUUGUGUUCAGACGAUGACGACUGCUGAUUCUCCUCUUGCAUUCAGCUUAUCAAUCCCGUGUUCCUUCGUAGUUCGGCUCCUCCUGUGACAUGAUUAGAAUUCCGUUCCAUCUACGACCACCCCCGGGACGCACCCUCCACUCGCUGGUAAGGACAUUUUCCUCAACGAAGCCGGCCGAUAUAUCCGGGACACAGGAAAAGAGCACCCGGCAAAAGAUCAAUUUCCACGAGCUUAAACAUCCGAGCAAGGUUCCCCAGCGUCCACACAAAUCUACGAUUGACGGCCAGUCGACACUAACCCGCAUCCCGGUGGACGCCCAAACGGUGCAGCUGCUGGAGCGGUUAAGCCUGUUGGAUCUGGACAGCGCCGAGGCCCACCGGACGCUCGAGGACGCGAUCGAGUUUGCGUCGCAGACUCUGUCCGUGGACACCGACGGCGUGGAACCGCUGUAUACGGUGCUGGAGCGGGAGCGGUUGACGCUGCGCGAGGACCGCGUGUCUGACAGGAACAUCCAGCAGGAUGUGCUGAGGAAUGCACGCGUUACCGAGGAGGAGAACUUUGUGGCGCCACCGGGAAAUAUUGCACUCGAGCAGGAACCGAGGAAGUGAGCGGGGAAUGGUUGGUGGAAAG